CUAGUAUGCAUAUAUUUUAUACGUGAUACAUCUUUAUACAUAUACCUAAUACGCACAUAUAUACAUGUGUAGCUAUACUUCUGCAACUUAACAGUUUUUAGUGGAAACAGAAUUUCAGCAAUGAAGGUAAACAAAGAAUGAAUAAAAGGUAAAAAUGGAUAUAGAAGUAAAACUAUGGAGACAUGGGGGUAUAAAUAAAUUAAAACAUCUCUGAAAAGCGAUUUUUAGCAAUAGAAACCUAAAAACAUUUCCUAGAAAGCAGAACAAAAUCUAACAACAGAGUUCAAUUUUAGUAGAUGUUGUGGUAGUAAUAUGUAAGUUACUUCUCUCUUUGGACUACAACAGAUCUCACUGGGCUCCUAUUAAAUCCUAGAAAUAAUCCCACGAAACACUCAUUUUAGCAAUGUGCAUUUCCAUGUGUGAGUUAUUUCUCGCUCAGCCCCAUUUAAAAAUGUGAAAUUUGGAUUUAGAUGGGGACAUAUUUAAAAAAGAAAAGUGCCAUACAAGUAAUGGAGGACUUUUACCAUGAAAUUAAUGUCAUAAAAUAGAUUUUUCUAUAAAUACCUCUUUUUUAUUAUGAAGACAAUGCAGACAUAAAACACUUCAUACUGUAGUUUCUACAUCGCAGCCAACCCACUUAUCAACGGCCAAUAAAUUACUUCACCCCUAUGAUAGAUAAAAAUGCUCAAUUCAAGUUCAAUUAAUAGAAUAGUGUCAGAAUAUCAUGCAGACAGCUUGCAUAAAUACUCGAGGAAUAACAGCAUACCUUCAGUAGCUUCUGCGAUUUUUAAGCAUGAAAACUUUUUCUCAUUCCAAAUUUCAAAAGAUGGAAUAAAGAAUGUUUUCAUAUAAAAUACAUUUGGAACACUUUUCCUUCUUUAAAAGAGGCAUCUAACCCACUUGCAACAUACACUGGUAAUUCAUCUUUGUAAUUACAAAAUGAGAUAGAUAUGUAUUCUUUUUCAACUCAUGUGACUGUAUGUGAACAUUUCAGUAAUUCCCACAAUAUCAAACAGCUAAAUUCAAAAUCAUAUUAUACUUUCUAAUAUGUGUAUAUGAUAUAUAUGUUUGUAAUCAAAGGCAGAAAGACCUUCAGUUAGUUGAUUUCAUCUUUGGGCACUAUUUUAUAUUUUAUCAGACAAUUAAGAGUCAUUAGUUAUUUCACAGUAUAAAAUAUUGAAUCAAUUACCAACAGGCCUUUAUUUUCUGCUCCUAAUUUCGAAAUGUAUUUGGACACGAGGUAUGGAACUAAUGUCACUGCUUAUCAAACAACUUUUCUGGAAAUCUUAAUGCACAAAAAUUUCCAGAUUUAUAUAUUGAAAAAUAAAUUAUAUCUUAAAUGAAAUUGAGAAAAAAUGGCGAGGGAAAGGAGAAAAUCUAGUUCAUACUCGGCGUGAAUAUCUUUCAGUAUCUUCCAGGUGGGGGCAACAGUAAGUCACUUUUGAGAGAAGGGAGAACAGGCUCUUUAAGCUCCCUGAGUCCAGUUAACAGAAGAUGAAAUGACUUCCUGGCAGUAACACCGUGAAUAAAACAACCACAAGCUUCCAGGAGAUGAGACUUCUGGGCUCUGCUCCAGACAACACCCGGUCGUCGGUAAGUAGGGCUCACCGCCCUGGGCGCGCCACCACCUCUGCUGCGCGGAGUCCGCCCCGAGCGCGCACGCGCGCCGUGCACCUGCCCCAACGAGCCCAGCUGCUGCCCGCUGGUUCUUCCGUCAGCUCUGGCUACGCCCGCGCUGUGCCUGCAGGGAGCGUCCGUCACUCUCAGCUCUCAGGGUGUCUCCCUUUCCAGGACCGCUAGGAAGUAGGGUACCCUUUACCUCUCAUGUUUACAUCCCUUUCAUUCUUCCUCCGGGCAAUUCAAAUCCAUUCACAGCCGCCACAGAUCCACUUGCGCGCGCGCAGCUGCACCUUUAAAGAAACUCUCAAGUCCUGGCAGCCAGAAAACCCGCUUUCGGGCGGGGCGGCGGGGCUCCCCCUCCCCUUGCCUCCUCUCCGCAGAUCUUUAUGCUCUGGGGAGGGAUGGCCGCACACUCUGGCGAGGACGAAGGUGAUGCAUAACGCAGAGUUGGUUGAAUCCAAGGAUGCAGAACCCAUGAUUAUAGAUAGCUCACUUUAAUAUUUCCAAGAGCUGCUUCUUGUAUUUUGAGGCCCCCUUUAUGCUUUUGUACAGAAGUACAUCGUGAAGAAUUAUUUCUACUAUUACCUAUUCAGAUUUUCAGCUGCUUUGGGUCAAGAAGUGUUCUACAUCACAUUUCUUCCAUUUACCCACUGGAAUAUUGACCCUUAUUUAUCCAGGAGGUUGAUCAUCAUAUGGGUUUUGGUGAUGUAUAUUGGCCAAGUGGCCAAGGAUAUCUUGAAGUGGCCCCGUCCCUCCUCCCCUCCAGUUGUGAAACUGGAAAAGAGAGUGAUCGCUGAAUAUGGAAUGCCGUCCACCCACGCCAUGGCGUCCACUGCCAUCGCCUUCACCCUCCUUAUCUCUACUAUGGACAGAUACCAGUAUCCGUUUGUGUUGGGACUGGUGAUGGCUGUGGUGUUUUCCACCUUGGUGUGUCUCAGCAGGCUCUACACUGGGAUGCAUACGGUCCUGGAUGUGCUGGGUGGCGUCCUGAUCACCGCGCUCCUCAUCGCCCUCACCUACCCUGCCUGGACCCUCAUCGACUGCCUGGACUCAGCCAGUCCCCUCUUCCCUGUGUGCGUCAUAGUUGUGCCAUUCUUUCUGUGCUACAAUUAUCCGGUUUCUGAUUACUACAGCCCAACCCGGGCGGACACCACCACCAUUAUGGCCGCUGGGGCUGGAGUGACCAUAGGCUGCUGGAUCAACCAUUUCUUCCAUCUUGUGUCCAAGCCCGCCGAAUCUCUCCCUGUUAUUCAGAACAUCCCACCGCUCACCACUGACUUGUUAGUUUUGGUUCUGACCAAAUUUGCAGUGGGAAUUGUGUUGAUCCUCUUCGUUCGUCAGCUUGUCCAAAAUCUCUCACUGCAAGUGUUAUACUCGUGGUUCAAGGUGGUUACCAGGAACAAGGAGGCCAGGCGGAGACUGGAGAUCGAAGUGCCUUACAAGUUUGUUACCUAUACGUCGGUUGGCAUCUGCGCUACAACCUUUGUGCCGAUGCUGCACAGGUUCCUGGGAUUACCCUGA